AUGGCGGAGGAAGGGGCUGUCGCGGUGUGCGUGCGGGUCCGGCCGCUCAACAGCAGAGAAGAAGCUCUCGGAGAAGAUACCCAAGUUUACUGGAAAACUGACAAUAAUGCCAUUUAUCAAGUUGAUGGCAGUAAAUCCUUCCAUUUUGAUCGUGUCUUUCAUAGUAAUGAAACUACUAAAAAUGUGUAUGAAGAAAUAGCAGUACCUAUCAUAGAUUCUGCCAUACAAGGCUACAAUGGUACAAUAUUUGCCUAUGGGCAGACUGCUUCAGGAAAAACAUAUACCAUGAUGGGUUCAGAGGAUUAUUUGGGAGUAAUACCCAGGGCAAUUCAUGACAUUUUCCAAAAAAUUAAAAAGCUUCCUGACAGAGAAUUUCUCUUACGCGUGUCUUACAUGGAGAUAUACAAUGAAACCAUUACAGACUUACUCUGUGACACUCAAAAAAUGAAGCCGUUAAUAAUUCGGGAAGACUUUAACAGGAAUGUAUAUGUGGCUGAUCUCACAGAAGAAGUGGUUUAUACAUCAGAAAUGGCUUUGAAGUGGAUCACAAAAGGAGAGAAGAACAGACAUUAUGGAAUUACGAAAAUGAAUCAAAGAAGCAGUCGUUCUCAUACCAUUUUCAGGAUGAUUUUGGAAAGUAGAGAGAAAGGGGAACCUUCCAAUUGUGAAGGAUCCGUCAAGGUGUCCCAUUUGAAUUUGGUUGAUCUUGCAGGCAGUGAAAGAGCUGCUCAAACAGGCGCUGAAGGUGUACGACUCAAGGAAGGCUGUAAUAUAAAUCGAAGUUUAUUUAUUUUGGGACAAGUGAUCAAGAAACUUAGUGAUGGACAAGUUGGUGGUUUCAUAAAUUACCGAGAUAGUAAAUUAACACGAAUUCUCCAAAAUUCCUUGGGAGGAAAUGCAAAAACCCGUAUUAUCUGCACAAUUACUCCAGUGUCUUUUGAUGAAACCCUUACUACUCUACAGUUUGCCAGCACUGCCAAAUAUAUGAAGAAUACUCCUUAUGUUAAUGAGGUAUCAAGUGAUGAAGCUCUCCUGAAAAGAUAUAGGAAAGAAAUAAUGGAUCUUAAAAAACAGUUAGAGGAGGUUUCUUUAGAGACUCGAGCCCAGGCAAUGGAAAAAGACCAAUUAGCCCAACUUUUGGAAGAAAAAGAUUUGCUUCAAAAAGUGCAGAUUGAGAAAAUUCAGAACUUAACACGGAUGUUGGUGACCUCUUCUUCCCUCACAUCACAACAGGAAUUAAAGGCUAAAAGAAAACGAAGAGUCACUUGGUGCCUUGGAAAAAUUAACAAAAUGAAGGACUCAAAUUAUUUAAAUGAAUUUAAUAUGUCAGCAAAUAUAACAAAAACACAAAAGGCAGCUGUAACUAUGAUAGGAGAAAUUGAUGAAUCUAUCUCUUCAGAAUCUGAUAUUUUCAGUAGCACUCUUGAUCCAUUAACGGAGGUAGAGUGGAAUCCAGCAACAAAGCUACUAAGUCAGGAAAACUUAGAAAGUGAGCUGAAUUCACUUCGUGCCAACUAUGAUAAUCUGGUUUUGGACUAUGAACAACUGAGACGAGAAAAUGAAGAAAUGGAAUUGAAAUUAAAAGAAAAGAAUGAUUUGGAUGAAUUUGAGGCUCUAGAAAGAAAAGCAGAAAAAGAUCAGGAGAUGCAACUAAUUCAUGAAAUUUCCAACCUAAAGAAUUUAGUUAAGCAUGCAGAAGUAUAUAAUCAAGAUCUUGAGAAUGAGCUGAGUUCAAAAGUAGAGCUGCUUAGAGAAAAGGAAGAACAGAUUAAGAAGCUACAGAAAUACAUAGACUGUCAGAAGUCAGAACAUAAGUCAGAAGAUACAAAAAUGGACUUGUCAUACUCAUCGGAAAGCACUGAAGACCUGAAACAAAUGAAACAGACUCUGCUUGAUGCUGAAACUGUAGCCCUUGAUGCCAAGAGAGAAUCAGCCUUUCUUAGAAGUGAAAAUCUGGAACUGAAAGAGAAAAUGAAAGAACUUGCAAGUACAUAUAAGCAAAUGGAAAAUGAUAUUCAGUUAUAUCAAAGCCAGUUGGAGGCAAAAAAGAAAAUGCAAGUUGAUCUGGAGAAGGAAUUGCAAUCUUCUUUUAAUGAAAUAACAAAACUCACCUCCCUUAUAGAUGGCAAAGUUCCAAAAGAUUUGCUCUGUAGUUUGGAACUGGAAAGAAAGAUUACUGAUUUGCAGAAAGAACUGAAUAAAGAAGUUGAAGAAAAUGAAGCUUUACGUAAAGAAGUUAAUUUGCUCUCAGCAUUGAAAUCUUUACCCUCAGAAGUAGAAAUGCUGAGGAAACAGAUACAUGAUAAAUCUGAAGAGCUCUGUCUAAUAACAUCGGAAAGAGACAAAUUAUUUUCUGAAGUAAUUCAAAAGGAGAAUAGAAUUCAAGAUUUACUUGAAGAAAUAGAGAAAACUAAAAAUGACCUAGCAACUACCCAGUUGAAUUAUAAAAGCACUGAUCAAGAAUUCCAAGAUUUUAAAAACCGUCAUCUUGAAUUUGAGCAAAAAUAUAAGAUGGUCCUUGAGGAGAAUGCGAGAAUGAAUCAGGAAAUAGGAAAUCUCUCUAAACAAGCUCAAAAACUUGGUUUAAGUUUGGAUGCUUUGAACACAGAGCUUUCUCCCAAAACCAAAGAACUUCAGAAAGGAACUGAGAGUCAAGAAGGGUUAAAUGAAGUGGAAGAGCUAAAGGAACAAUUAGAAAGUAGAGAUUCUAGGCUGCAAACUGUUGAAAAGGAAAAAGCACUGAUCGCUGAGCAACUUCAGCAAACUUUAGUGGAAGUAAGAACUUUAACCCAAGAAAAGGAUGACCUAAAACAACUCCAGGAGAGCCUGCAAGUUGAGAGGGACCAACUCAAAAGUGACAUUCAGGAUACUGUAAACAUGAAUAUAGACACCCAAGAACAAUUACGAAAUGCCCUUGAGUCUUUGAGACAACACCAAGAAACAAUUAACAUGCUAAAAAUGAGAAUUUCUGAGGAAACUUCCAGGAAUUUGCAUCCAGAGGAAAACUUUGGAGAAACUAAGGAUGAAUUCCAAGAAAAGAUGGUUGACACAGAUAAAAACCAGAAUUUGAAAGCCAAAAAUACACAAGCACUAAUUACAGAUGUUGCAGAUAAUGAGCUGACUGAGCAACAGAGAAAGAUAUCGUCUUUAAUACAGGAGAGAAAUGAACUGGAACAAAUGUUAGAAAGUAUUACAGCGGAAAAGGAACAGUUGCAGACCGACCUAAGGGAAAAUAUUGAAAUGACUAUUGAAAACCAAGAAGAAUUAAGAAUUCUUGGAGAAGAACUUAAAAAGCAACAAGAGAUCAUUGCACAAGAAAAGAACCACACCGUAAAGAAAGAAGAAGAGCUUUCUAGAACCUGUGAGAGAUUAGCAGAAGUUGAAGAAAAGCUAAAGGAAAAGAGCCAACAACUACAAGAAAAACAGCUACAGCUUCUUAGUGUACAAGAGGAGAUGAAUGAGAUGCAAAAAAAGAUGAAUGAAAUGGAGAACGUAAAGAAUGGAUUAAGGAGCCAAGAAUUAACAUUGGAACAUAUGGAAAUGGAGAGGCUAGAGUUGGUGCAGAAGCUUCAUGAAAAUUAUGAGGAACUGAAAUCCAUAACCAAGGAAAGAAAUAAUCUAAAGGAAUUACAGGAAUCAUUUGACAUAGAGAGAGAGAAACUUAAAGAAUGCAUAAGAGAACUCGAAAUUAUGGGUCUAGAAACAAAAGAAGAACUAAAAAUUGCUCACGUGCAUCUCAAAGAACAACAAGAAACUAUUGAUGAACUAAGAAGAAGCAUUUCUGAGAAGACGGCUCAAAUAAUAAAUAUUCAGAAUGACUUAGAAAAAUCCAAUACUGAAUUACAAAAAAAGAUGCCAGUGCUUCAUGAGGAACAAGAAUUACUGCCUAAUGUGAAAGAAGUCAGUAUUACUCAGGGAGCAGUGGAUGAACUGGAGCUAUUGGAAAAGCAAUCCAAAACCAACGAGUCAAUGACCUCUGCAUGCAUAGAAAUGGAAAGGCUUGGGUUGGCUGAAAAACUUCCAGAAAGUCAGGAAGAAAUGAAAUCUCUAACUGAUGAAAGAGACAACCUUAAAAUGAUAGAAGAAGCAGUUCAGGCUGGACGAGACCAGUUGAAAGAAGACAUUAAAGAAACUUUGGCUAAAGAUUCUUUUAAGAUCCAAGAGGCUCAAGACAAACAAGAACAGUCCUUCAAUAUGGAAGAAAAAGAUGGUGCUACUGAGAAACUAAGGAGCGAGACGGAGCAACUGAAGGAGCAGCUCAAAGCCACAGAGUCAGCACUGCAAAGAAUGGAUGUGGAAAAGCUUGAGAUGGCUGAGAGGCUUCAGGAACACUGUGAUGAACUGAAAUGUGUAACUAAGGAGAGAGAUAACAUACAAAGACUGCAAGAAGUUCUUCAGUCCGAAAGCAACCAACUCAAAGAAAACAUGAGGCAAAUCAUAGCUAAGCACCUGGAAACUGAAGAGGAACUGAAAGUUGCUCAUGGUCACAUGAAAGAACAGGAGGAAACUAUUGACAAGCUGAGAGUGAAUCUUUCCAAGACGGAAAAUGAGCUGUCCAGCCUUCAGAAGGAAUUAGAAACAACCAAUGAUGAAUUACAGAAAAAGAUCCAAGAACUUCAUGAGAAGCAGGAACAAUUGAAUAGCACCAAAGAAACCAUUGAGACUCAGGACAAAAUGAAUGAACUGGAGCAAUUAAAGGAGCAACUCAAAGUCAAAGAUUCAUCACUACAAAGUAUAGAAAGUGAGAGGCUCAGGUUGACCGAGAAACUUCAGGAAAGUCAAGAUAAAAUAAAAACUAUAAUUAAGGAAAGAGAUGAACUGAAAAGGGUGCACGAGGCCCUUCAGAUGGAGAGAGACCAACUCAAAGAAAACAUUAAAGAAAUUGUAACCGAAGAGUACCAAGAAACCAUUAGUACAAGGACGUUUUCAAAGAUGACAGAUCAAGAAGCAAAUAUUCAGAAAGAUUUAGAAAAUUCACAUGCUGAAUCACAAGAAAAGAUUCGAGAACUUCAGCAAAAAGAACAUCAGCUUCUUAAGAUGAAAGGUGUCAAUGAGACUCGGGAAAAAAUGUGUGAAAUAGAACAUUUGAAGAACAAAUUUGAGACCCAGAAGUCAAUUCUGGAAAAUAUAGAAAUGGAGAAUGUAAGGUUAACUCAGAGACUUCAUGAAAACCUUGAAGAAAUGAGAUCUGUUACAAAAGAAAGAGAUGAUCUUAGGAGUGUAGAGGAGACUCUCAGAGUAGAGAGAGACCAGCUCAAGGAAAACCUGAGAGAAACCGUAAUUAGAGACCUGGAAAAACAAGAGGAACUAAGAAUCACUCUCAUGCAUGUGAAAGAGCACCAGGAAACUAUUGAUAAACUCUGGGGCAUUAUUUCUGAGAAGACAGACGAAAUAUCAAAUAUGCAAGUGGAUUUAGAAAACACAGAUACUGCCUUAAAAGCACAGAUCCUAGAACUUCAGGAAAAAGAACGUCAACUUCUUAAGGUAAAAAAUGAUCUCAGAGAAAAUAUAUAUCAAACAGAGCAAUUGAAGAAGCAAUUAGAGGCCCAGAAUUCAAUCCUGGAAAGUGGAGAAAUCGAGAAGUUAAGGCUGAGUCAGAAACUUCAUGAAAACCUUGAAGAAAUAAACUGCAUUACUGAGGAAAGAGAUGGUCUACGAAGAGCAGAGGGAGCCCUUAGGAUGGAGCGAGACCAGCUCAGGGAAAGCCUCAGAGAAAAAGAGUCUAAAGACCUGGAAACACAAGAGGAACUAAGAAUCGCUCGCAUGCAUGUGAAAGAGCACCAGGAAACUAUUGAUAAACUCCGGGGCAUUGUUUCUGAGAAGACAGAUGAAAUAUCAAGUAUGCAAAUUGAUUUAGAAAAAUCAAACGCUAAUUUACAAGAAAAGAUUGAACAAGUUAAGGCAAAUGAACAUCAACUUUUUAAGUUAAAGGAAGAUGUCAGUGAGACACAGAAAAAAAUGUCUGAAAUAGAACGAUUGAAGAACCAAUUCAAGGACCAGAGUUUAACCCUGCAUAAAAUAGAAAUGGAGAACUUAAAUUUGGCUCAGCAGCUUCAUGAAAACCUUGAAGAAAUGAAAUCUGUAAUGAAAGAAAGAGAUAAUCUAAAAUUGGAGAGAGACCAGCUCAAGGAAGACCUACAGAAAACCAUAGCUAGAGAUCUGGAAAAACAACAAGAACUAAAAAUUGCUCAUAUGCAUUUGAAAGAACACCAAGAAACUAUUGAUAAAUUCAGGGAGAGCGUUUCAGAAAAGACAACUCAGAUUUCAGAUAUUCAAAAGGAUUUAAAUAAAUCUAAAGAUGAAUUACAGGAAAAGAUACAAGAACUUCAGAAAAAAGAGCUUCAGCUUCUUAAAAUGAAAGAUGUCAAUAAAACCCAUAAAAACAUAAACAAAAUGGAACGAUUAAAGCAGCAGUAUGAGGCCCAGACUUUAUCUAUGCAAAGUGUGGAAAUGGAUAACGUACAUUUGACUAAGAAACUUCAUAAAAGACUUGAAGAACUAAGAAUUGUAGCUGAGGAAAGAGAUGAGCUAAGGAGGACAAAAGAGUCUCUGAAAAUAGAAAGAGACCAAUUCAGAGAAACGUUAAGAGAAAUGAUAGCUAGAAAGCAGGACCAACAGAACCAUAAAGAGGUAGUAAAAUAUGAAAAGAAGUUACUAUGUAAUGGAAAACACCUCACAGAAAGCCUGAGAGACAAGUGCUCUAGGAUAAAAGAGCUUCUGAAGAAAUACUCAGAGAUGUAUAAUAAUUAUGAGUGCUUAGAUAAACUAUCCCUUGACUUGGAGAAGGAAGUUGAAACCCAAAAAGAGCUUUCGAUUCGAGUGAGAGCAAACCUCUCACUUCCAUAUCCACAAAUCAAACAAAUUCAAAAACUUCUUACUGCAAACCAAAGAUGUUCAAUGGAAUUCCACAGAGUCAUGAAGAAACUUCAGUAUGUGUUAAGCCAUGUUACAAAGAUAAAGGAAGAACAACAUGAAUCCAUCAAUAAAUUUGAAGUGGUUUUUGUUGAUGAAGUGGAAAAGCAAAAUGAACUGCUAAUUAAAAUACAACAGCUUCAACAAGAUUAUGAUCUGCCAUCCAGAGAAUUAAUGGACCUUAAAUUGAGCCAGAAUAUGGAUCUACAUAUUGAGGAAAUUCUCAAAGAUCUCUCAGAAAAUGACUUCCACCGCAUAAAGGCUGAAUUUCAACAAGUGCUAAGUAAUAGGAAAGAAAUGACCCAGUUUUUGGAAGAAUGGCUGAAUACUCAUUUUGAUACAGAAAAGCUUAAAAAUGGCAUCCAGAAAGAAAAUGAUAGGAUUUGUCAAGUGAAUAACUUCUAUAAUAACAAAAUAAUUGCUAUAAUGAAUGAAUCUACAGAGUUUGAAGAAAGAAAUGCUUCCGUAACUAAAGAAUGGGAACAUGAUCUGAAGUCAGUGAAAGAGAAAAAUGAACAACUAUUUAAAACCUACCAAACUUUGAAGAUCUCCCUGACAUCUGGUAUCCUUGUUAAUCCUGUUACAGAAGACAAUAACAAUCUUCAUAUUACAUCAAGAGCCUCACAACUAACCACAGAGAAAAUUCAGGAGUUGGAAACUUCACUGCGUGAAGCUAAAGAAAGUGCUAAGCACAAGGAAAGCAAGAUUAUAAAGCUGCAGAAAGAACUUGAGAUGACUAAUGACGUGGUAGCAAAACUUCAAGCUCAAGUUAAUGAAUCAAAUAAAUGCCUUGAAAAAACAAAAGAAAUGAUCCAAGUACUUCAGGACAAAGUUGCUUUAGGAGCUAAGCCCUACAAAGAAGAAAUUGAAGAUCUCAAAACAAAGCUGGUGAAAACAGACCUAGAGAAGAUGAAAACUGCCAAAGAGUUUGAAAAAGAAAUUACUUCUACAAAAGCCACUGUAGAAUAUCAAAAAGAAGUUAUAAGGGUAUUGAGAGAAAAUCUUAGAAGAAAUCAACAAGCACAAGAUACCUCAAUUGUAUCAGAAUGUACGGAUUCUCAGCCUUCAAAUAAACCCUUAACCUGUGGAGGGGGCAGUGGCAUCAUACAGAGCACAAAAGCUCUUAUUUUAAAAAGUGAAUAUAUACGGCUAGAAAAAGAAAUCUCUAAGUUAAAGCAACAAAAUGAACAGCUAAUAAAGCAAAAGAAUGAACUAUUAAGCAAUAAUCAUCAUCUUUCCAAUGAGGUCAAAACAUGGAAGGAGAGAAUCCUUAAAAGAGAGGCUCACAAAGAAGUUACUUGUGAGAAUUCUCCACAGUCUCCUAAAAUGACUAGAACAGCUUCUAAAAAGAGGCCACAUACGCCUUCUCAAUGCAAGGAACGGAAUUUACAAGAUCCUGUGCCAAGGGAAUCACCAAAGUCUUCAUUUUUUGAUAGCCGAUCAAAGUCUUUACCUACACCUCAACCAGUUCGCUAUUUUGAUAACUCGGGUUUAGGCCUUUGCCCAGAAGAACAAAUGGCUGGAGCAGAGAGCACGGGUGCUCAGCCGAGUCUUUGGCACAGCUCCUCAAGAAGAGAUAUGCCCGAGUGCAAGACCCAGUAGGCUUCUCUCCUGUCACUUUCCCGGGGGCCCAGCAUUCCCUGUUGAGAAAUGACUGCGCUUUUACUUUCUGUGCCUAUCCCGGCAGUGUUCUCCCAGUCCAACUUCAUUUCAGUUCAGUUUUCACUUUGCCACUCGAAUUGGAAGAUGAACAGGAGCUUCAUGCAUUCCAAUAAUUUAGAAUGACUGAUAGCAAGACCUUCUUCUUGAAUGUGGUAAUACUUUCGAAAUUGAAUUGUUUUAUUUAUUUAUAUAUUUUGUAAAGAAUAAAAUUAUUGAAGGAAAUCUCCAGUCUUUCCAUGCAUACACAAAAUGUAUUCGUCUUUAUUAAUGUAAUGUUAUACCCAUGACUUAGAUAAUUCUAAGGCAUAAUACAGAACUAAAGUGUCAUUUAAGUAACAAAAUUAUGAACUACGUUUUAAGCGCCUUAAGCAUUGAAUAAAUGUUUAACUAGUGGUUCUGGAUCACAAGUUUAUGUAAUAUUGAUGGUUUCUUGGUGGGGUAUUCAGGAUGUUUUUGGCUGUACUCAUUUGUUAACUUUCAGAAUUUUGCUAUGAGAAUAUAUACAUGCUUCCUGGAUUUAAGUUGCUAAGGGACAACAAAGUGCUGUGACCUCUUCAUUUUCUAGUCUGACCUUUGUUUUGCUGUAAUAAAUACAAAAAUUCUCUCUGCUUUUCUGUA